GAUGACGAUGAUGAUGAUGAUGACGAUGAUGAUGAUGACGAUGAAGGAGAAGCAGUGCCAACAGCGACAAAAAUUGCAUUAUUUGAAAUCUACUAAUAAAGAAUUAAAUCUGAAGACUCCAUAAGC